AUGUCCUUAACAGACCACACCAACUGCUGACUCACUUCACUGCCCAUUCACUACUCUCUCUCUCUCUCUCUAACACUAAAAGAGAUGAGCUUACUCCACACACUACACCACCACCACAAACCAUGACAGUACCACCACCACCCCAACACCACCUCCCGCCCCUCCACCACCACCGCCACUCCACUUGCCACCGCCACCCCUCCAAACCCAUCACCGGUUUUUGUGCCUGCUGCCUCCGUGAACGUCUUGCAGGAAUCGACCCUGACACCCACCAAGAAACCCCUCUCACCCACCUCGCCGCCGAGCUCCGCCGCUGCAAAUCUUAUUCUUGCAGCUCAAAUCUUAACAACGCAUCCUCCUCCUCCACUAGCACCACCGCCACCAACCCUUCUGAUCAGCCACGCCGUAAGUCUUGCGAUGUCAGGUCAAGAAAUACUCUCUCUGAUCUCUUUAACAGUGAUGAUAGUAAGAAAAGAUUUAGCUUUAAUAGCAAGUUAAAGGUUGAAAAAUUGUGUCUUGACUUGAAAGAAGAAGAGGAGGAAAAUGAAGGUAUAAUUAGGGUUUUUGAUGAGGUUAGUGAGAGAAAUGUUGAUGAUUUUGAUGAAGAUGGGGAGUUUAAAACUAUGAAGGAAUUUAUAGAUCUUGAAUGGGAGACAAAGAAAAAUGGAGGUAAAGAUUUUAGCUUUUGGAAUGCAGCUUCUGUUUUUAGAAACAAGUUAGUUAAAUGGCAGUUAAAACAGAAGAAAAAAAGUGAUAAUAGCCAUAAGAAGGAAAACCAAAAUGGUGGCGUUGUAGAUGGUGAUAAGCCAAGUGUUAGAAGAUUGAGAGAUACCCAAUCGGAGAUUGGGGAAUACGGGCUUGGUAGAAGAUCUUGUGAUACUGAUCCAAGGUUUUCAAUUGAUAUGGCUAGAUUAUCUGUUGAUGAUUCAAGGUAUUCGUUUGAUGAACCUAGGGCUUCAUGGGAUGGAUAUUUGAUUGGUAAAACGUAUCCAAGACUUGCUCCUUUGGUUGCUGUUUUAGAGGAUGCUAAGUUAUCAGCUAAUGGGAUUGAGAAUCAGAAUGAGGCUUUGGAUUUGAAUAAAGAAGGUGAGAGUAGCCCCGGAGGUACGGCUCAGACUAAGGAGUUUUACUCUGAUAGAAGGAGGAGGAAGAGUUUUGAUCGUUUGAGUUCCAAUCGGAGAUUGACUUUAGGCGAUGAGGAGUUUAAAUCGAUUUCAAAUACUAAGGUAUCUCCUGAAAUUGGGUUAUUCCAUGGAGCAAAGUUGUUGGUUACAGAGAAAGAAUUGAGGGAUUCGAAUUGGUAUUCACUUAAAGAUUAUCAUAGGGAGAGCUCUGAUGCUCUUGCUAAGGAUGUUGAUUCCAUUGCUGCGAAGAUUAGUAAGAAAGGUUUCAAAUUUAAGAACAAGCAGAAAUGGCGUAGCGUGUGGAAUAUUUGGGGUUUGAUGCAGAGGAGAAACGGUAGCAAAUGCGAGGAUGAGGAAAGUAGUAUUGGUGGAAACGAAGUCGAUGAGCGAAUAGAGGAGUCCGUACAUAAGGUUGGUGGAGUAGCCAGCGUGGAAGCAAACGAAACUGUCAGUCAAAAGCUUAUACGGAGUUAUACUGUUAGCACUAGAGAUGCCAGCAAAAUGGCAUGCAGUGCCAGUAGUAUAACUGAUGUGAAAAUGCUGCAGCGUAAUAAGAGUGCAAGAUAUUCACCAAGCCACCUUGAUAACGGGAUGUUGAGGUUCUACUUGACUCCACUGAGGAGUUAUGGAAGAAGCAAAUCUGGAAGGAGUAGGCUGCAGAAUUCACACCCUACGGCAAGAAAUGUUCCGUAGAGGUGAGUUUAGUUAUUCUUCAAAUGGAAUGUGAUGUUGUAAAAACAUGGAUUAAUGUGUUUCCUUGUUCUAUAGAUAAAAACAAAUCAAAUUUAUCUAACUCUUGUCUUUUCUUA